AUGUCAACUGUUUUCAAAACAACGCUCGGGCCUAUUUUAAGUUUAGGCAAGAUUUUAGGAUUAAUUAAUAUUUCACAUAUUUUGGAAUCUGAUGGAUUACUAAUUAAAAAUAUAAAUUCACAGUAUUAUACAUUUCUUGAAGUUUCAAGAAUGAUCGUGUUGAUAAUAUGUACAUACAUUGUUCAUACAAAUACAUUUUAUUACAUAAUUGAAUUUCGAUUAGUUAAAUUUUGGUUCGUAGUUAUUACAGGAAGGUUAUCAGAAAAAUGGACGAUAAAGUUGAUUAAUAGCAUCAUAGAAUUUGAUGAAAAUAUUUCAUUACUCUCACCUGCAGUAAUAUUGAAUGAACGCAAAUGGUUUCUAAGUAAAACGAAUUGGAAUUAUAUUUUAAUUUCAUUUUUCGUAUAUUUUAUUGGAUUUGAAGUUUAUGCUGUUUACAUAUGGCCACCGAAGGAUGUCAACAUUUACAUUAUUAUCGUAUACUUUUUUGGUGUACCAUAUAUUACCGAUUAUGUGGUUUUUAUAACAGUAUUUUUUUAUCUCGUCAACAUCGCAUAUAGAUUUCAAACAAUAAAUAAUUAUUGGAAAUUCCUUCCGGCUGGGCUAGUCGCUACUUCCAGUGAAUGGGCUCAUCAUGAAAUAGUUAUGUUGAUAGAAAACAUUAGAAUGUUACACGCUAAACUAUCUGAAAUUUUAAAAAUAUUCAAUUUGGGUUACGGUUUAUUGCUUUUGCACUUCUUUGUAUUCAAUUUUAUUGAUAUGAUGUAUUUAUUUUAUACAAUGAUUAAACAUGAAUUUCUAUCACCAAAUGUUAGUUUUAUUGAAGGUAUUAUACAUAAUUUACCAUUAUACAUUUUUAAAUUACAAAUAGUAAUUUCUAUUAUGUUAAUCAUCGUUGCAACCUCUUGGAUAAAAGAAAAGAAAAAUAAAAUCGUAUCAUAUUUACGAUUAAUUCAGAUUUCAAAUUUACCCGUUGACAUUAAAAUUCAAAUUAAAAUGUUUAUGGUUCAAAUAUCAAAUUCGGAAUUGGAUGAAAUAUCUGCAUUUGGAUUUUUUAACAUAAAUAUGAAUCUAGUAGUAUCAAUGCUUGUAUUACUAAUGACUGGAAUAACAACAUUAAUACAGAUGAAAAAUCAUCCCAUUAUUUCAGAAAUGUUAAAUAAUACUGUUUGGUAUCGUAAAAACUGGGUAAGAAACUAG